CCGUGAUUGACAGCAGGGCUGUUUUUUGCCGCUUCCCUUGCUGUUGACAAGUAAUAAUGAAGCUUUGUCAGUCCAUCAUGGACAUGGAUAUGCCAGAUUACGUUGACUCCUUGGACUCUUCUUAUACCAUGCUGGAAUUCGACAACCUUCGGGUGCUCCCCAGUAACACCGAGGGGUCUAACGGCCCCUGUUCUCUGCCCACAGAGGCCAUCACAGCCGAAUCAGCAAACACCAAUCUGCUCACCAACGGCAUCAGCUCCCUCUGCUCCAUCUGCGGGGACCGGGCAACUGGCAAACACUAUGGGGCAUCCAGCUGUGACGGCUGCAAAGGCUUCUUCAGGAGGAGCGUCCGCAAGAACCACGUCUAUUCUUGCAGGUUCAGCCGACAGUGUGUGAUAGACAAAGACAAGAGGAACCAGUGCAGGUACUGCAGGCUGAAGAAGUGCUUCAGAGCUGGCAUGAAGAAAGAAGCUGUUCAGAACGAGCGUGACAGGAUCAGCAUUCGCAGGUGCAGCUACGAGGACAACGGCUCUCUUUCCAUCAACGUGCUCACUCAGGCUGAGGCCAUGGCACAGCAGUAUUCAUCGCUGAGCCCAGUGCACAGCGCGGACAUCGCUAUGAAGAAGGUUGCAACCAUCAACGAUGUGUGUGAAUCCAUGAAACAGCAGCUUCUGGUGCUGGUAGAGUGGGCAAAAUACAUCCCGGCGUUUUGCGAGCUCCCACUUGACGACCAGGUUGCCUUGCUCAGAGCCCACGCAGGGGAACACUUGCUCCUCGGGGUAGCCAAGCGGUCCAUACCAUACACCGAUUUUCUAUUAUUAGGGAAUGACUUCAUCAUCCCAAUGCACUGCCCAGAACUGGAAAUCGCUCGCGUGGCCACCAGAAUCUUGGACGAGUUGGUGAAGCCGUUGCGGGACAUCCAGAUUGAUGACAACGAGUACGCUUGUCUUAAAGCCAUCAUCUUCUUUGAUCCAGACUGCAAAGGCCUGAGCGAGCCCGGGAAGGUGAAGAACAUGCGCUUCCAGGUCCAAGUGAACCUAGAAGACUACAUCAACGAUCGCCAGUACGACUCCCGAGGCCGGUUCAGCGACAUCCUCCUCCUGCUGCCCCCGCUGCAGAGCAUCACCUGGCAGAUGAUAGAGCAAGUCCAGUUCGUGAAGCUCUUUGGCGUGGCCAGGAUCGACAGCUUGCUGCAGGAGAUGCUGCUGGGAGGUAUGAACCCUGCUGAGAAAGGACAGCAAAAA